UAAUCAACGAAACGUGAAACUGCCUUGAGGUAUAAUUGUUGUCGGGACAGUGUUCUCAUUUACCAGAUGAGUCCUUCGCCUGUCAUGCGGGACUUUUAAACACUACACUUAUGGAUACUCUAAACUUGGGACUGCUCAUUGUCGUAUUUGUGUCAGGUGCAGCUGGGUACACCAGCUGUAAGAAGACAUACUGGGACUACUGGCGAUGGGAAUACAGACAGUCCACAUACUACUGUACCGGGUACUGCUGUGGAACUUCGUACGAUGACAAGUGUUGUUCGUACGAUUCAUCCAUAAUCAGUUCCUUCACUUACACGAAAACCUGGGUCAUUGUGGGAGGCGUGUUGGGAGGACUGUUCGGCUUGUUCGUCGUGUGCAUGAUCAUCGGAGCGGUCAUGUACGCCUUCUUUAAAACAACACAACAUGGAUCUCGAUCACGGACGGUUCAUCCUAGUUCGAACACAAACACACAGACCAUCAGCUACGGGCCGGGUCUCGCGCAGCCACCCCCCUACACAACAGCAGCACCCCCACCGCCAGAGUAUUCCCCUCCCCUGGGUGGGUACAACGAGACCGGACCAAUUGAUAAAAGGGGGCAUAACCCGUACCCUGGACCGCAGCCCCUUCAAGUACAACCGUUCCCAGGAGGCGCCGCCGGCCCAUCCGGAAGUGAACCAGCGGAAGCCAUAGCUGGUGCCCCACCAAGGUCUACCUUUGCUUGAACCACGGCUGAUACCACAGAGCAACUUGUAGCACAUAUAACACCCUGUCUCCCAAACUACUACUUCUACAACUACAACUACUACAAAUACUACUACUACUACUACUACUACUACUACUUAUACUACUACUAUCAACAUUGGUGAUCAUGUAGCACAUGUGAUGUCUCCUCAGUUCAGCAGUAAAUGGGUACCCGGUAGAAUGAGAUGGUAAUGUAACUGUUUACUUUCAAGUGACUCACAGGCACCCUACUACUUAAAGGGUACUAACCAAACCAUGAGUUGUGUUUUUGUAGCAGCCAUAAAGUCCCGUGAUGGGAUUCGAACCACGGACCUUCUGAUCAGAGGUCGGACGUCCACAUGACCAAAGAGGUUAACCCCGUCAGCUAGCUGACAAGGUGAGGAUGUCAUCUGUCUGACGACUCCACGCCCUGCUACAUUUGGGCUGUGGGUAAAUGGUAAAGGGUUCACUUGUCACGCCGUAGGUCUGGGUUCGAUUCCUCACAUUGGUAGUGUGUGAAGCCCUGGUGUCCCCCUCCUCUGUUUGCUACACUAUGAUUCAUGCAUCAAACAAUGUGUAGUCAGCUGUCCUUAAGGUUGUGACUUUUGUACAAAUGUCAAUUCUUAAAGAUAUAUCUAAUAAAGUGUAAGUUGCGAAAUGUGUCGAAUUUGCGCAUGUACAAACAAUC